UUUAAUAGAGUUUAUGAAUUGUUUUUUUAAAUAUUGACGAAAAUAAUUUUAAACUAUAUCUGUAAUAUCGCUCAAAAAAAUGUGCGCUGUCUGAAUAUUAAGUUAUAUCGAUAUAAAAAUGAAGUUAAAUUUUGAGCUACAAAAUGUCCUCGGUGCUGUCUACCGAAAAGGUGAUCUACUGUUUGCUACUGAUGGAGUCACCUUACUUGCUCCUGUUGGAAAUCGACUAAAUAGGAUGAAUUUACAAAAACAUAUAUCCAGAUCGAUUGAUACUAAAUUAGAAUUAAAUAUAUCUGUUUUAUGUCUUUCUCCUGAUAAUUCUAUGCUACUUAUUAUUGAUGAAGAGGGAUCAUGUGUUAUUUUACAUGCCGUUUCUCAUACGUUACUUCAUACACACCGAUUUAAUGGUCAAGUUUAUUGUGCAAAAUUUAGUCCAGACUCGAGAAAGUUAGCUGUUGCUAACGAUAGCAACGUUUUAGUUUUUGAUUCUCCAGCUAAAACAAGAACCUUGAAUGCAUUUUCUCAGCAACGUAUAUUAUAUGGAGCUCAAGAUCAUGUUGUUCAUCUAGACUGGUCUACAGAUUCAAGAGUUUUAUUGGCUUCUUCUAAGGAUAUGAAUACACGAUUGUAUGCCGCUUGCGAUGCUCGUUUAAAACAGCUUGUCAUACAUUCACUUGCCUCUCAGAAUGAUUGCAUUGUUGCUUCGUAUUUUGAACCAUCGUCCCUCGAUUGUUUUAACAUUGGUAAAAAUGGUGUUAUUUGUGUUUGGCAAUGCGAUACUGCAUUGUCAGACUUGGAGGAAAAGAACGAAAAUGAUAAUGAUGAGGAAGAUCAACCUGAAAAACUAAAAUAUAGGAGAGUCGGAAAAUAUAACUAUAAAGAUUCGUUAGAAUCUGGAAGGGUUAGAGUAACUUGCGCUGUCUAUCAUAAAGAUACUCAUAUUUUGGUAACUGGCUUUGAUUCGGGAACUUUUACUGUACAUGAAAUGCCCGACUUUAAAUUGAUGCAUUCCUUGAAUAUUAAAGAGGCUGGUCCAAUUACAAGCUUAGCUUUUAAUAAUACUGGGGAUUGGAUAGCACUUGGAGCUGGAGAGAAAGGACAGUUAAUAGUUUGGGAAUGGAGGAGCGAAAGUUAUAUUUUAAAACAAGCUGGACAUUUUCUAGCUGGUACCACAAGUGUAGCUUGGACGCCAGAUGGUGUAUACAUCACAACUGGUGGAGAUGAUGGUAAAGUGAAAGUAUGGACUGUGGGGUCUGGACAUUGUUAUGCAACAUUCGACGAACAUUCGUCUGUUGUUACUGGAGUUUCAACAGCAAAGAAUGUCAUUGUUAGUUCAUCAUUGGAUGGUUCUGUGAGAGCCUUUGAUUUACACCGCUUCCGCAACUUUAGAACUUUUACAACACCUGAACCCGUACAAUUUUCUUGCGUCGAUAUUGAUUCGUCAGCCGAAUUAGUGUGUGCUGGAUGUAAUGAUAAUUUUGAUGUAUUUUUGUGGUCAGUUCAAACUGGUCGGCUUCUAGAUACUUUAUCCGGUCAUGAGGCUCCUGUCUGCUCUAUAGAAUUUAAACCAGGUGGCGUAACGCUUGCAACGGGAAGUUGGGAUAAAAAGACUAAGCUUUGGGGAGUUACUGAGGAUUUUCGAGAGACAAUCGAUAUAGGCAAUGAAGUAACAGCAAUUGCUUGGAAAUUAGACGGCUCACAAUUGGCUGUUGCAGAUUUAAAUGCCAAAAUAACUUUUUGGGCUGCAGCGGAAGCCGAACAAGAAGGUAACAUCGAUGGAAAGCCUUAUCUUGGUUAUGCCAGAUCAAAGACUGAUAAAAUUAGUGGCAAGAAAGGAGCCGAUUCAAAAAUCUUUACUUCCCUAGUGUAUUCUGCAGAUGGUAGUUUGUUAUUAGCGGCAGGGAAUAGUCCGAAUAUUUGCCUAUUUCAUGUUGAACAAGAAGUUCUUGUAAAAACAUUUAUCGUAACUAAAAACCGAAGUCUGGACACUUUAAAUGAAUUCUUAGAUCGUCGCAAGAUGACAGAAUGGGGUAGUUUGGCUCUUGUAGAAAAGAACGAUGAAGGUAAUGAUGUAUCUCUCAAAUUACCUGGUGUAAGAAAGGGAGAUUUUAGUGGGCGAAGAGCUUCACCCGAUGUCAGAAUAUCUCAGGUUUCUUGGUCGAAUACUGGACGACAGUUCGUUGCAGCAUCAACCGAUGGAAUUAUGGUAUUCUCUCUCGAUCAAGAUAAAAAUUUUAACCCUAUUGAUUUAGAAAUAGAAAUUACGCCAAACAAGGUUUUCGAAAGUCUUAAAUCGAAAGAUUACUUUGCAGCUUUAACAUACGCUUUAAAACUUCGAGAAUCUUCAAUUAUUCGGGAAACCAUUGAAAAUGUACCUGUACCUAAUAUUGAUGUAAUUAUUCAGCAGUUAACGAUUGAUCGAGUUGAAGAUUUAAUUCGGUGGAUAACAGCCGAAAUUGAAAAGACAAAACACGUUCAUUUCUAUGUUUUGUGGUGUAAAAAGCUUUUGUUUAAGCACGGCCAAACUCUUAAGUCUGUAAUCGGGUCGAAAACGGGAGGAGAAACUCUAUCUAUUGACAGAGAUUUAAAUCGAGCUCUAAAGUCACUUUGGAAUAAAUUAUCACCUAUUGUUAAUCACAAUCGACAUCUUUUUGACUACAUACUAAAUUGUAAAAAGGAAAAUAGUAACACGGAUAAGGUAGCUGAAAGGGAGGAAAAAAUGGAUGAUUCGGAUAAUGAGGACGACGACGAUGAAGACGAAGAAAUACUUAUGUCAGAAGUUUGCUGAUUUUUGCGACCCGAACGCCUCCUUUGACUUUUGAUUGUUAUAUAGACAUAUCUUGUUACUUCAGUUUACGAAUAAGACUAUUGUUCUUUUUGAUAAUGUAAAUGCAAUGUAUGAAGACGAUAUUUAAAAUAUACUUUAUACAUAUA